UAAAAAUAAAUUUUUCAUGUCAAUAAACACUAUAAUUACAUUAACAAUAAUUAUUAAGUAUUUGAUUUGAAAAUUAAAACUACAAUAAUAAAUAAAAAUGAAUGAUUAUAAAGCUUCAGUUGAUAAAUUGUUACAAGAAGAUGAAGAAGAAUUAUUGGCAUUUAUUGACAAAGAAAGUAUUUGUACGACAUGUAAAUUAGAAGUUGAUAAUCAUAAUUCUGAAAAUUUUAUAGUGAAAAAAGAAAAUUCAGUUCAUUUUGAAGACAACAUUUAUUCACAAUCAUUAGAUAAUUUUGAAAAUUGUCAAGAACUCAUGAGAGCUACACACUCAUUUUCAAGAAUAAGUUUCGAAAAUCUUGAUUUAGAAUUAUCUGAUAUAAAUAAUGAACAACAUCAGUUCAGUCAUCAAACUCAUCAAAUUAAUAAAAAUAAUAUUAAUAAUAAUAAUGAUAAAGUUAAUGAAGACAAUUCUAUUUUCAAUGAUACUCCUAGCUUUGUGUGUACAGGCGUUGAUAAAGCACUAAAACAAUUAGAACAAGACCAAGAACAUCAUAAUGAAGUACAAAAUAUGCCUGAAACUUUACAAAAAAAAAUCAUAUCACAUAAAGCCGGAAACGUGAAUGGUAACAAAAAAACUUUACAUGACAAAGAAACGCAAACAGAUUUAACAGAAAAACGAAACGAAACUGAUAAUCUUUGGUUUGAUAACGAAUUCCCAUCCGAAAAAGAGUUAGAGAAAAUUGAUCAUUUUAUUACUGAGGUUACAAAUGGAAAUGUAGGUAAUAAUAAUAAAAGAAAAUAUAAUAAUGAAGAUAGUAUUGAUAGCAACAAUAAAAGAAUAAAGAGUAAAACAAGAGAAUUUGAUAAAACUGUUAACGAUUCCAUGGUUUCAGUUGUUUUAAAUCGACAAAAUAAAUUAUUUGAUCUGUCCAAUGAUUUAUAUCAAUAUAGUGAAUAUUUAAAUCAAAUGAGAACGGCUUUAUCUAAAAAAGAAUCAUCUACCAACAUUAAUAUUCCAACUCCUCCAGUAUUAGUGGGUUAUGACAAUCAAUUUGAUUUUAAAACUGAAAAACGAUUUGUUAAACUUCCAAUUAGAAUUGAAAGUUAUGGCAAAAAUAAUAGCAGUACUAGCAAUAAAUUAAACUCUCAUAACAUUAAAUCUAAAAUUUAUCCACAAAAAACAGAAAUUUCAAAUCGAGGAACGACGAAAAACAAUCCGAUAUCACAUUCAAGAAAUAUAAAUAAUUCAGCUAAAAAUAAUUAUAGUAAAAUAAAUGAUCAAGUAAAUUCUACAAAAAAAAAUCAACGACAAUCUACAAUUAAAGAAGCUUUUGCAAUUCAUAAAGAUAAUCAUAAGAAACCAUUAAAUGAUUAUAAAAAUAUUAAUAAUAUCGCUAAUAAUACAAAAAUUAAUAUUAAUAAAAAUAUUAACGGUCUAGAAAAAAAUCAAAAUGAUAAAAUUAAUAAUGAUAACUUAAGUGAUUCAGCAUCAAUGUAUCAAUUUAAUCCACUUGGUCGUAAUAUUAACGUUAAAAAAUAACUAUAAUAAUUAUAUUAAUUAAUUUAAUAUUAGUAUAAAAACUUCUGUAUACUUUUUUAAAUUUAUAUACUUUAUUAUUAUUAUUUUCAUCAUUGCUUUGAAAAUUUUAAUAAUUAUUUUAAUCAGAAUGUUUUUUUAGUGUGUUUUUAAAUUUUUCCACAUAAUUGUAUAACAGUUUUGUUCUUUUUUAUUGUCUGCUGGUAACCAAAAAUAGAGAACCAACAAUAACACACGUGCGUAUUUUAAGUUGUUUAUCAGCUGUUUUUACGUAUAAAGUAUCAUUUAAUAAUUUACAUUUUUCGUUUAAUUUUAUAACAGUGAUUUAUAAAGUUGUAUAUUAGUCAUAAGAAAUACAAAAAAUUAAUAUAAUUAUUGAAAUGAAUAAUAAAAAUACAAAUUUAAUGCGCACCCCAUUAAGAAAUAGUUAUCUAGCAAAUAAACCAUUUUGUUCGCCAAUAAGAAAUGAUACGACGCCAGUUAAAAGUAAUUUGAAGAGGCUUUAUCCAGUAUCACCAUCUCCUGAUUCAAAAAUUUCAACGCUACCACAAGAUAUUAUAAAACGUCGUAAAAUUGAAUUAGACAAAUCAGAAAAUAUUUAUUGUCCAACAUUUAAUAUACAAGAUUCAGAACCAACUCAAAGUGAUUUAUUAGCACUUAAAAAUAGAAUCAGAAGUAAAAAACUAGAAAUUGAGGUUACGAAAACUAAGCUUGCUUAUCGAAAAAAGAUGCAUUUUUUAGAACAAAAAAGAAGAUGUCCACGUCGAUAUUGUAAGAUGGAGAGAAGCUUGUCAAAAAGCGCUUAUUCAAUAUCAAAAAGAUUGUUCAGAAAAGCUUGAUAAUGGAAAAACUUUAGAAAUGAAUGAAAUAUUGAAAAUGCUCGGCAUUCCUGAACAUAUAGUUGAUUUUCCUAAAGAAGAUUAUUAAUAUUUAAUU